AUGAUCUGCUUUUCAGAUAAUACCAUCCAGUCGAUUUUCUGUUGCUGUUGCUGCUGUUCCGUGCAGAAGCGACAAGUAAGAACACAAAUAAGCCUAAGCAAAGAUGAAGAGUUUUCAGAAAGAUACACUCCGCGUCGCAGGCUGUGGUUCAGCGAAUUGCCAAGUAAGAAGCGAGCCAACAGAGGCCACAUGCAACCAUCAAAACGCAAGCCACUGCCUCCCCUCCCACCCUCUGAGGUUACUGAAGAGAAGAUCCAAGUAAAAGCCCUGUAUGAUUUUGUGCCCAGAGAGCCGUGUGAUUUAGCCUUAAAGAGAGCAGAGGAGUACGUGAUAUUGGAGAAGUAUAAUCCUCACUGGUGGAAGGCAAGAGACCGUUUGGGGAAUGAAGGCUUAAUCCCAAGCAACUAUGUGACUGAAAACAAACCAACCAAUUUAGAAAUAUAUGAGUGGUACCAUAGAAACAUCACCAGAAAUCAGGCAGAACGUAUUUUGAGACAAGAGUCUAAAGAAGGUGCAUUUAUUGUCAGAGAUUCGAGACAUUUGGGAUCCUACACGAUUUCUGUGUUUAUAAGAGACAGAAGAAAUAUGGAGGCUACCAUCAAACAUUAUCAGAUUAAAAAGAACGACUCGGGACAGUGGUACGUGGCUGAAAGACACCUCUUUCAGUCAAUCCCCGAGUUGAUCUGGUAUCACCAACACAAUGCAGCAGGUCUCAUGACCCGUCUCCGCUACCCGGUUGGACUGAUGGGCAGCUGUUUGCCAGCCACAGCGGGUUUCAGCUAUGAAAAGUGGGAGAUAGAUCCCGCUGAGUUGGCGUUUGUGAAGGAGAUUGGAAGCGGUCAGUUUGGGGUGGUCCAUUUAGGGCAAUGGCGAGCACACAUCCAGGUAGCUAUCAAGGCCAUCAGCGAAGGCUCCAUGUCUGAAGAAGACUUCAUUGAAGAGGCUAAAGUGAUGACGAAAUUAUCGCACUCAAGGCUGGUCCAGCUGUACGGAGUGUGCGUUCAGCAGAAGCCCCUCUACAUCGUGACGGAGUUCAUGGAGAACGGCUGCCUGCUGAGCUAUCUCCGAGAGAGGAGGGGAGCGCUGCGGAAGGAAAUGCUGCUGAGCAUGUGCCAGGAUGUCUGUGAGGGAAUGGAGUAUCUGGAGAGGAGCCGCUUUAUUCAUCGGGAUUUAGCAGCAAGGAAUUGUUUGGUCAGUGCUGCAAGUAUAGUAAAAAUAUCAGACUUUGGAAUGACGAGGUACGUUUUGGAUGACGAGUAUAUCAGUUCUUCUGGGGCCAAGUUCCCCAUCAAGUGGUCCCCUCCUGAAGUUUUCCACUUCAACAAGUACAGCAGCAAAUCUGACGUCUGGUCGUUUGGAGUUUUGAUGUGGGAAGUUUUUACAGAAGGAAAAAUGCCUUUUGAAAAUAAGUCAAAUUUGCAAGUUGUGGAAGCCAUUUCUAAAGGCUUCAGGCUGUACCGUCCUCAACUGGCACCAAUGUCCAUAUAUGAAGUCAUGUACAGCUGCUGGCAUGAGAAACCCAAAGGCCGCCCGACGUUCACUGAGUUGCUGCAGGUUCUCACAGAGAUUGCGGAGACCUGGUGA